CAACUCAAUUCCAAAUCCGUCAAGGUAAUUUGAGCCAUGGCAACAAACAUUUCAGUGUGGCAGCCGAGUGGUGAAGUCAUGGUUCUUGAAGUCAGGCCAGAGACGACUGGGUGCGAGCUUAAGCAGCAGAUCAAGGAAAGACAGCUUUGGGCCGAGCUCACUCGCAGCACUACAGUUGUGGAGAUCAUUGUCGGAGACAACCACUUGCUGGCCGAUGAUGCAACGGUAUUGGAAGCUGGAAUUUCUGAAGAUACUGUCGUGAGUGUUGUCUUCAAACCAAACAAAGUGAUAUGCUCCAACCAAGAUGCAAUCGCCACUCUCGGUGGCAUCGUUGACUCCGAACUGCUGCUUGUGGUCGAAAUUCCAGACACUGAAACACAGAUUGGUGAAUGCGCUUUUGACAGUUGCAAAACAUUGGCCAAAGUGAUCAUCCCAAACUCAGUGACACACAUUGAAGAUGGUGCCUUUGUGGGUUGCAGUGCUUUGGUUGACUUGAUCAUCCCACCCUCAGUGACCCACAUCGGCUUUGGUGCCUUUCACUCUUGCACCUCUUUGACAAACUUGGCCAUCCCGGACUUUGUGACCCACAUAGGCGAACGAGCGUUUGGCGAUUGCACAGCUCUGGCGUGCUUGACCAUCCCAGAUUCAGUGACUCACCUUGGGGACUAUGCCUUUCGGGGUUGCAGCUCUUUGGUCAACUUGACCAUCCCAAACUCAAUGACCCACAUUCCAGAUGGUGUCUUUGAGGAUUGCAGUGCUUGUCCAUCCCAAACUCUGUGACCUACAUUGGGACCGAUGCCUUUCGAAACUGCACCGCUUUGUCAAGCUUGACCAUCCCGGAUUCGGUGCCCAUCCACUGGUAUAGCUGUCCGAUGGUUGCGCCACGCCUUGUUCGACCAGCAGGGAGGAGAAGGGGCCGGCUAGGACGCGGUCAGUCUGGACCGAUCGAAGGAUUUGGCUCGUGAAACACAAAGCGCCUUUGCUUUGAUCUUGACCGGGACCAUGGUGCAACGCGGCAAAUGGAUGAUAUCCCGAAGAAUCAAG